AUGUGCCCUACUGACGCUGAAAACUAUAUAAGGGAAGGUUGUCCUAAUCAGGAGGCAAUUGGAUGGCAAAACGAUUGUAUGUUACGCUACUCAAACCGCUCCAUAUAUGGCAUGAUGCAAACUAAUCCAGAUUUCUACCUGAAAAAUGAUGCUAAUGUAUCGACGGGCUUGGAUGCGUUCAGUCAGGAGCGCUCUCACUUGCUUAAUCGACUAGCACAAAAAACAGUAACGGGUGGUGAUCUUCGUAAAUUCGCAACAGGAAACGCAAGCAUUCCAAGUACUGAUAUAACUAUAUAUGGACUUGUUGAGUGCACCCCAGAAUUAUCCGAGCAAAGUUGUAUUGAUUUUUUAAAUUAUACUAUCGGAGUGUUUGGAUCAUGUUGUAGUGCAUCAAUUGGUGUGAGAAUUAAGACAGCAGAUGGUACAGCUCUGGAUGCCAUUGGAAGGCAGUCACAGUACAAGACAAUCUGUACUCAACUUCUUAAGCAAGUCCGGAUGAAAUCUUUGAAAAAUAGUUCCUUCAAUAACGGCGUUCUCGACAUGUUCAUGAAUGAAGAAGCCAUGGACGAAUCUACACACAACCUUCUCCUCUCUGCAAAACUCAAUGCUCUCCAAAUUAUAGGAAAGAAGAGUAAUACUUCUCGGACUGUCAUCAUUACGGUUGUCACAGUUGUUAUUUCCCUGGUACUAAUUAUAUCGAUCUGCAUUUAUCUGAGAGUGAAGAAGAUGAAGGCAAAAUUUGAAGAAGUAGAUGAAAUUCGUAAUACAGAAGCCUUGCAGUUCGACUUUGGCUCUAUAAGAAGGGCUACAAAUAACUUUUCUGAAGCAAAUAAGCUUGGACGAGGUGGAUUUGGUGCUGUUUACAGAGGUAGGCUUUUGAACCAAGAAGAUAUAGCGGUUAAAAGGCUUUCUAAAGAUUCUGCACAAGGAGAUAUAGAAUUUAUUUAUGAGGUCAUGUUAGUAGUCAAACUUCAACACCGCAAUUUAGUUAGGCUCCUUGGUUUCUACUUGGAAGGAAAUGAAAGGCUUCUUAUCUAUGAGUUUGUUCCUAAUUCAAGCCUUGACCAUUUCAGAUUUGAUCCAACCAGGCGCACACAUUUGGACUGGGAUAGUCGCUACAAGAUCAUAUUUGGAAUUGGGAGAGUACUCCUUUACCUUCAUGAAGAUUCUCGUCUUCGAAUAAUUCAUCGUGAUUUGAAAGCAAGUAACAUUUUGUUAGACGUAGAAAUGCAACCCAAGAUUACAGAUUUUGGCAUGGCAAGACUGUUUGAUCUUGAUCGAACACAAGGUGAUACCAGUCGAGUUGUAGGGACGUUUGGUUACAUGGCUCAUAAGUAUGUAAUGCGUGGACACUUUUCUGUUAAGUCUGAUGUGUAUAGCUUCGGUGUGUUAAUUUUGGAGAUAAUUAAUGGACAGAAAAAUAGUUCUUUCCGUCAUAGUGGGAACGUGAAGGACCUUCUAAGCUAUGUAAGUAACACAAAGUUAGGCUAUGUACAUAUCCCUGCAAUUUAUUAAGAUUAAACUAAUGAAAGAAAGGUCCUAUCUGACUUUGUUAAUAGGAGAUUCAACGAUAAUCUCACAAAUCUUGACGAGAUUCAAUGAAAUCUCAAUACAGGUCGUCGGAGACGACGAGAAUUCACCGUUUGGGACGAUUUCCAACCGUUGGGAUGAUGGGUUCACUAGAAAACUUUGAACGAUGGCGCAGGAUCAUCUGCAGGCGAGCCCACGUUUGUGUAGAGGACGACGCAAAAACGACGUCGUUUUAGACUUUGGGGUUUUGGUACAAGGAGUAGCGCAUC